CCAACCCCUUUUUGUUCUAUUUUCAGUUCCCAUCCCGCUUCGUUCAACCUCUGCAUCUCAUCUCCCGGUUAUAAUCCUAUCGAUCCUAAUACCCGGAAACGCCUCAUGUGGUCCUAGCACAUUUCAACACCGCGCCUCUAUCUUCUGUUAGGGACACUCAGCUUCCUCCGUCUGGCACCAUGACCAGCGCGGACGAGACGCUGGCAGCUGCCACUGCCAUCAUCCAAGGACUUGCCAAGGGUGUUCCUGGCGUCGCUCCCUCCGCUCCUCCUUUCGAUUUCAAAUUCCCCCCUUCCGUUUCCAAUGGCUGCGAAAGCAAAACCAUCCACUUACCGGGUGCCCCGAGUGCUGCAAAGACGGUCUUUGAGAAGGAACUGGAGGCUUUGGCACGUCGUGUCCAUUAUUUAGAAUUCCAGGCUCAGCAAAACAAUUCCCAGUCCAGCUCGAAGAGACGAUCGUCCGGAUCUGACGACCAAGACUCCGGUGAUGAUAUCGACGAUGAAAGCGAUGAAGACCCCGACGCCAGGACGCAGCUCGUCCGCGAGGCGGAUAUCAGUUACCUACGCAACUAUGUACAGAAGCAGGCGGAAGAGAUCAGUUUCCAGAAAGAAGUCAUCGCCCAGGUGCGCGACGAAUUACAAAGACAAGAGGAACAGACGCAGCGAGCCUUGACCAAGGUGGAAUACGAAGAUGUUGUUCGUUUGGAGCGGGAGCUACGCAAGCACCAGCAGGCAAACGAAGCUUUCCAGAAAGCCCUACGGGAAAUCGGCGGGAUUAUUACCCAGGUAGCCAACGGUGACCUUUCGAUGAAGGUGCAGAUCCAUCCGCUUGAAAUGGACCCCGAAAUCACGACGUUCAAGCGUACCAUCAACACUAUGAUGGACCAGUUGCAGGUCUUUGGUAGCGAGGUUUCCCGAGUCGCUCGAGAGGUCGGCACCGAAGGUAAACUUGGCGGUCAGGCUCAAAUCACCGGAGUGCAUGGUAUCUGGAAGGAACUUACGGAAAACGUGAACAUAAUGGCCAAGAACCUCAGAGAUCAGGUCAGAGAGAUAGCAACGGUUACCACUGCCGUGGCCCACGGCGACCUCAGCCAGAAGAUCGAGCGAGGAGGGCAAGGUGAAAUCCUCGAAUUGCAGCAGACGAUCAACACCAUGGUGGACCAACUUCGCACUUUCGCUACCGAGGUUAUCCGUGUGGCCCGUGAUGUCGGCACAGAAGGUGUGCUUGGCGGACAGGCUCAGAUCGAAGGAGUGCAGGGCAUGUGGAACGAGCUUACGGUCAAUGUGAACGCCAUGGCGAAUAAUUUGACGACUCAAGUGCGCGAUAUUGCGACUGUUACGAAAGCUGUAGCCCAAGGUGAUCUUACUCAGAAAGUCAAGGCCGACUGCAAGGGUGAAAUUCUGGAAUUGAAGAACAUCAUCAACUCCAUGGUGGACCAACUGCAGCAAUUUGCCCAAGAGGUGACAAGGAUAGCCAAGGAGGUCGGAACGGAUGGUGUUCUCGGUGCUCAAGCGACUGUUAACGAUGUCGAAGGUAUAUGGAAGGACUUGACGGAAAAUGUCAACCGAAUGGCCAACAAUCUUACUACCCAAGUGCGAGAAAUUGCGGACGUCACGACCGCCGUCGCGAAAGGUGACCUUACGAAAAAGGUUACUGCGAACGUCCAGGGGGAAAUCCUCGACCUUAAGAAUACCAUCAAUGGAAUGGUGGAUCGACUGAACACUUUCGCCUUUGAAGUCAGCAAGGUCGCUCGAGAAGUCGGUACUGACGGUACCCUCGGAGGACAAGCAAAGGUUGACAACGUAGAGGGAAAAUGGAAGGAUCUCACCGACAAUGUCAACACCAUGGCUCAGAAUCUUACAUCCCAGGUCCGAAGUAUAUCGGACGUCACGCAGGCUAUUGCAAAGGGUGAGCUCAGUCGGAAGAUCUCGGUGCAUGCCCAGGGAGAGAUCCUCACACUGAAAGUCACCAUCAACCACAUGGUGGACCGACUCGCUAAAUUUGCAACUGAACUCAAGAAGGUCGCUCGUGAUGUCGGGGUGGAUGGUAAGAUGGGCGGCCAGGCGAACGUGGAAGGGAUAGCCGGCACAUGGAAAGAGAUCACAGAGGAUGUGAAUACCAUGGCAGAUAAUCUCACAUCCCAGGUUCGAGCAUUCGGAGAAAUAACGGACGCUGCUAUGGACGGCGAUUUCACCAAGGUUAUUACCGUCAACGCGUCUGGCGAGAUGGAUGAGUUGAAGCGAAAGAUCAACCGCAUGGUGUCCAACCUCCGGGAUAGUAUUCAACGAAACACCGCUGCCAGGGAGGCUGCUGAGUUGGCUAACCGCACCAAAUCCGAAUUCCUCGCAAAUAUGAGCCACGAAAUCCGAACUCCAAUGAACGGUAUCAUUGGCAUGACGCAGCUAACACUGGACUCGGACGAUCUUAAGCCGUACACUCGCGAGAUGCUGAAUGUGGUGCACAAUUUGGCCAACAGUCUAUUAACGAUUAUUGAUGACAUCCUUGAUAUCUCGAAGAUCGAAGCUAAUCGCAUGAUCAUCGAAAGUAUCCCGUUCACUGCCAGGGGAACCGUCUUCAACGCGCUCAAGACACUGGCUGUCAAGGCUAACGAAAAGUUCCUAAGCUUGACAUACCAGGUCGACAACUCUGUGCCCGACUAUGUCAUCGGAGAUCCAUUCCGUCUUCGUCAGAUCAUACUGAACUUAGUUGGCAAUGCGAUCAAGUUCACUGAGCAUGGAGAAGUGAAGCUCACCAUCAAAAACUCCACAAGGGAGCAAUGUGCCGCGGAUGAGUACGCAUUUGAGUUCUCUGUUUCCGAUACUGGAAUCGGAAUACCCGAGGAAAAACUUGACGUGAUCUUCGAUACCUUCCAGCAGGCGGACGGAUCUACAACUCGCCGGUUUGGUGGAACCGGCCUCGGUCUAUCCAUUUCGAAGCGCCUCGUGAAUCUGAUGGGCGGUGAUGUUUGGGUCACAUCCGAGUAUGGCCAUGGCAGCACCUUCCACUUCACAUGUGUUGUGAAGCUUGCGGAUCCAUCCUUGAGUGUCCUUAGUUCGCAGCUUUUGCCGUAUAGGCAGCACCGUGUGCUAUUCAUUGAUAAGGGUCAGAACGGUAAUGAAACGGAGAACAUUACCAAUAUGCUCAAGCAACUCGAACUCGAGCCGCUCGUUGUCAACUCCGAAGACCAAGUUCCGCCCCCUGAGAUCCAAGAUCCUUCUGGCAAGGACUCGGGCCAUGCCUACGACGUCAUCAUCGUGGACAGUGUAGAUUCGGCCCGGAUCUUGCGGACGUUUGACGAAUUCAAGUAUAUACCUAUUGUCUUACUCUGCCCGGUCGUCAAGGUCAGUUUGAAGUCGGCACUGGAUCUUGGUAUUAGCUCUUACAUGACCACACCUUGCCAACCCAUUGACUUGGGCAAUGGUAUGCUGCCUGCGCUGGAGAAUCGUUCUACGCCCAUUACCACUGAUGUUUCUCGUUCUUUUGACAUCCUCCUGGCGGAAGAUAAUGAUGUCAACCAGAGAGUGGCCGUCAAAAUCUUGGAGAAACAUAACCAUAAUGUCUCUGUCGUCAAUAACGGGUUGGAAGCUUUGGAAGCUCUCAAGAAGCGGCGCUACGAUGUUAUUCUGAUGGACGUCCAAAUGCCGGUGAUGGGUGGUUUCGAGGCGACUGGCAAGAUUCGAGAGUACGAAAGAGAAAAGGGUCUCCCACGUACACCGAUUGUUGCGCUUACCGCACACGCAAUGUUGGGUGAUCGUGAGAAAUGUCUCCAAGCCCAGAUGGACGAGUAUCUCUCGAAACCUCUGAAGCAAAAUCAAAUGAUCCAGACGAUCUUGAAGUGUGCAACCCUUGGUGGCCCACUUCUGGAGAAGAGCAAGGAGUCGCGCAUGGGAAGCAGCGGCGAGAUGCACUCUGUUCAUACAUCACCCGAUGGAAAAUGUCACCACCGCCCAGGUAUGGAAGGCAGGGCCAUAACAUCUGGUUCCAUCAAGACCCCAAGCGACGCCAACAACGAUUUGAGACUUGCCGCAGAAAGGCAAGCGCUGCUUCGAGCGAAUAGCUCCUGAAGCCUAAUGUGCAAAUCGUCGAACACCCGAGUUGGCUUUUUCUGUUACCGAAUGGUUUAGACAAGCCUUUUUUAUACCCUGUCUGUCCAUUUACAUGAUAUUUUUUUUCUUUUCUUUUCUUAUAUGAUAGUUUUUGUUCGUCCUCUUGUGGAUGGGGGACAUUAUAUCCCUUUCUUUCUUUUGUUUUACUCUCGUGCCCUUUUUUGAUAUAUGUCGACUUGACAACCCUCUUUAGGGCACUAUCUUCCUCCUUAACCGGAGUUUCACGCAUUAUAUUUCAGACACCAUCUUUAUAUGGUGUCUAUCAUGUUAUAACUGUAUCCCCUUCUGUUGUUUCCUUCGAUGUCUCUUUGGUUGAUGUUUUAUCAGCCGAAGCUCUGGUGUUAUGGAGUUCCUGGCGUGUUGGAAGGAAAGUGGUACGGACUUUCGCCUUGCAGUGGAAUGCAAAUAAAUACAUUACAGAAGGGGUCUCCCAUGUGAAUUCUGUUACUUUUUAUUUUUAGUCCUUGCUUUUCCCUUUUUGCCUUCAUUUUCUAAACCUGAAAAUCUUCAGCGUUUUUGUUCCUUUUUUUUUUUUUUUUUUUUUUUGUUUUGUCUUCACACUGCAGUGUGGUCCUUGCUGUCCUUGUUGCCCAUCGACACCACAUCUGCAUAUGAUGCAUUCUGAAUUACAUGUUGGUUUCGUUAUGCCUUGUAUGUCUUACCGUGUUUGUUUGUAUUUAGUUCGUCUACUCGUCGAUGAAAGCUCCUGUUUCUUUUUGAGGUUCAGCGUCCAUAAUUCUAGUUGUAUGGAGCGCGUACUGGCGUAUGUCAGGAUAGAGUUAGGAGAACUCGGCUAUUACCGGCUGCAAGACGGAGUUUUUACUGUUUUGUAUGAUUUUAUAAGGUUUUGGAUUUGAUUUUUGUCUUCGUGGCUACUUAGUGGUUUCGAUCCAUGGCAAAGUUGAGUUACGCCGUACAACUGGAGUACAGUGGCACCUAAUAUAAGUUUUUGGCCCCCUUUCAUGCUUACUAAUUAUUCUGCCGGUCAAAACCCUCCGAAAAUCAACAAAAUC